AUAAACACAGCUCCUUUCUUUAAAUUAUUUCCAUGAUAGCAAGCACCCAAACCAGGGGGGUUGGAGAUGAGGAUCCCGAGCCUAAUCUGUCGGUGAAAGAAAUGGUCAGAUUCCCAUUUCAUUUGGUACCUUUUUGACAAACACGUCCAAGAUUGAAAGAAAGUACCACCACCGUGACCAGUGGCUCGCUACUCACUUCCACUGGCUGUGGCUCUAAAUCCCUCGAAAUCUGCGAAAACUAGGCCCUUCCAAAAGAGGUGGGGCAGUCAUCUCCGCUUCCAGCACAUUCCACUGCCACUGCCAUGUGACUUUUUUCCUUUUCUCACAGCGCCACUACCACUACUCCCUUUUCUUAAAGCACACGGACACAACGCUUGCAAUUUUCUUAGCAAGGAAUCUCGAGGGAGAUAAGAUUAAGAUAACCAUAGCACGUUGAGUGAGAGAGAGAGAGAGAGUGAGGGGCAGGGAUCCAAUGCCCUCUAUCACGCCAUGUUCAUGCACAUAUGCAGUGCUAGUGCUAUGUUGGGUCACUGGUGCGUUCGCUGGUGACCCUUACGUGUUCUUUGACUGGACUGUCUCCUACCUCACUGCCUCUCCACUUGGAAUUAAACAACAGGUGAUUGGCAUUAACAGGCAAUUCCCAGGACCAAUUCUUAAUGUCACUACUAACUGGAACGUUGUUGUCAAUGUCAAGAAUGAUCUUGAUGAACCUUUGCUUAUUACAUGGAAUGGUGUACAGCACAGGAAAAACUCCUGGCAAGAUGGUGUUUUAGGGACUAAUUGUCCAAUCCCAGCUGGGUGGAAUUGGACAUAUCAGUUCCAAGUCAAAGAUCAGAUAGGAAGUUUCUUUUACUUUCCUUCCCUCAACUUCCAGAGAUCAGCUGGUGGAUAUGGAGGGGUCAUUAUAAACAAUAGAGAUGUUAUUCCACUACCAUUCGCGGUACCUGAUGCAGAUGUUGUACUUUUUAUUGGUGACUGGUAUACUAAAAGUCAUAAGAAACUGAGGAAAGAUGUUGAAAAUGGAGAAGACCUAGGAGUUCCAGAUGGUAUUCUUAUCAAUGGAUUUGGUCCGUACAGAUAUGACGAGGCACUUGUACAAGGUGGCAUCGCUUACCAGAUAAUAAACGUUGAACCAGGAAGCACGUACAGGUUCCGGGUGCAUAAUGUUGGUAUCUCAACCAGCUUGAAUUUCAGAAUACAAAACCACAACUUGCUUCUGGUGGAGACUGAAGGAUCAUACACUGUGCAGCAGAACUACACGAACAUGGAUAUUCAUGUAGGGCAGUCAUACUCGUUCCUGGUUACAAUGGAUCAAACUGCUAGCAGUGAUUACUACAUUGUUGCAAGUCCUCGAUAUGUCAAUUCAUCCAAAGCUUCUGGAGUUGCUAUACUGCACUAUGCCAAUUCUCAGGGACCUGCUUCAGGUCCUCUUCCUGAUCCUCCUAAUGAAUACGACUCGUUUUUCUCAAUGAAUCAAGCAAGAUCGAUAAGAUGGAAUGUCUCUGCUGGUGCUGCUCGCCCAAAUCCACAGGGAUCUUUUAAGUAUGGUCAGAUUACCGUGACAGAUGUAUAUGUGAUCGUCAAUAGACCUGCAGAGCUUAUUGAUGGGAAGUGGUGUGCUACCCUCAAUGGCAUUUCAUAUUUACCACCUUCAACACCACUAAAGCUUGCCCAGCAAUAUAACAUCCCAGGGGUCUACAAGCUUGACUUCCCCAACACACAGAUGAAUAGACCUCCCAAAGUUGAUACUUCCCUAAUCAAUGGCACUUUCAAAGGGUUCAUGGAGAUUAUCUUUCAGAACAGUGAUACCGCUGUCCAGAGCUACCAUAUGGAUGGAUAUGCAUUUUUUGUUGUGGGUAUGGAUUUUGGAGUGUGGUCAGAGAAUAGCAGAAGCACAUACAACAAAUGGGACGGUGUUGCUCGCAGCACUACACAGGUCUUUCCUGGAGCUUGGACAGCUAUUUUAGUUUCUCUUGACAAUGCUGGCAUUUGGAAUCUCCGUUCAGAGAAUCUUGACUCAUGGUAUCUGGGCCAAGAAUUAUAUUUGAGCAUUAUAAAUCCAGAGAUCGACAAUUCCGAGGCUCCUUUGCCUGAUAAUACUAUAUAUUGUGGCAUACUCUCAUCCUUACAGAAGGACCAGGCCCGGAGAUUUAGUUUUUCUGGUGCACCUUCACUCGCCAGUCUGAGCAGAACCUUUUUGGUUGUGUUGAUCAUGACCUUAUAUUUAAGAGUGUUGUUGCGAUGAAAGGAUUUUUACGCUUUUAUCACAGGCAAGGCUACAAAUGUAUUGUAAUGUAAGAGUAUGUUAAUGUUUUUUGAUUUUGCAAACAAGUUC